AUUCUCUAAUUUCUACACUGGAGAGUGAAGAAACAGUGUGAGCGAAAGACGCAACCAGGCGACACGUAUAACAACCCCCCCCCCCCCCCCGGGGGCCAUUUCUCAUCAUCAUCGAGCUCACCUAAAAAAUUUCGAAAAAAAUAUGGAUCAGGUCCUCCCGAUUGCUCUUAUCUCGGUCCUUCUCGGUACUGCAAUUGCUCUUAUCUUCUUUAAAAACUACUUUCUCAAAAGAAAAUCCGAAAUUGGAUCCAUCGCGAAACCCGAAAUCCAUCCGGAUCCUCUUAGAAAACCUCCUAAACCUACUCAUCAAUCCAAAAAGUCUCACUCUCAUGCCUCUUCUGAUAAGGAUCAUAACAAGAAACAUCAUCCGUUGGAUUUGAAUACUUUGAAAGGUCACGGUGAUUCAGUUACGGGCCUGUGUUUCUCUUAUGAUGGACGCAGUUUGGCUACCGCUUGUGCAGAUGGAGUGGUGAGGGUGUUCAAGUUAGAUGAUGCUUCGAGUAAAAGUUUCAAGUUUUUGAGAAUUAAUGUGCCGGCUGGAGGUCACCCGGUUGCAGUGGCGUUUUCUGAUGACGCGUCAUCUGUCGUGUUGGCGUCGCACACACUGUCUGGUUCGUCCUUAUAUAUGUGGGGAGAGGAAAAGGUCAAAGAUUCUAAUGACUCUAAGCAGCAACCAAAGCUUCCGCUCCCAGAAAUCAAAUGGGAACAUCACAAAAUUCAUGAGAAAAAGGUGGUUUUGACCCUGGUUGGAACUGCUUCAACUUAUGGCAAUGGCGACGGAAGUACAAUUGUGGCCUCUUGUUCGGAAGGUACUGAUAUCAAAAUUUGGCAUGGAAAGACAGGAAAGAAUUUGGGGACUGUCGAUACAAAUCAAUUGAAAAACACAAUGGCUGCUAUAUCACCAAAUGGACGUUUCAUUGCUGCUGCAGCUUUUACUGCAGAUGUGAAGGUAUGGGAGAUUGUGUAUUCAAAGGAUGGUUCUGUCAAGGAGGUUCCAAAAGUCAUGCAACUUAAAGGGCACAGGAGUGCAGUAACAUGGUUAUGCUUCACUCCAGACUCGGAGCAAAUCAUCACAGCCUCCAAAGAUGGUUCAAUAAGAAUAUGGAACAUCAAUGUUCGUUAUCAUCUUGAUGAGGAUCCAAAGACUUUAAAGGUGUUUCCGAUUCCACUUCAUGAUUCAAAUGGUGGAACUUUGCAUUAUGAUCGUCUCAGUUUAUCCCCUGAUGGAAGGAUAUUGGUUGCAACCCAUGGUUCGAUGCUGCAGUGGUUAUGUGUUGAAACUGGAAAGGUUUUGGACACAGCUGACAGAGCCCAUGAUGGUGACAUCACAUGGAUUGCUUGGGCGCCGAAGCCUAUUCCAACAGGUGAUGGACAAACGUCCAUUUUGGCCACAGCCAGUGUUGACAAGAAAGUGAAGUUAUGGGCAGCUCCACCACUCCGAUCAGCAUAAUGGAUUCCACUGAUAGAUAUAAAGCAUAUACAGGGAGUUCUUGACCUGACGUUCUCAUUGAUUAGCCAUAGCCUCCUGAGUUGCAGUAUAAUCCGCUCAGGUUCAUUUGCACCAAUCACUUAAAAGAGAGUCGAAUAGAGCAAACCUUCCAGCUGAGUGGCUGGACGCGGCACACAGGACAAGUAUGAAAUUUUAAAUUGAGAAAAACUAAUCGUUGUAUGGCUAAGGUAGCCUGAUCUGACUGAAAAGUUUUGGUGACCAAAUGUUCCAUAAGAAAUAGAUGAUGGUUUUGGUUUUGGAUGCA